GGCGGGCAGGUUCACGCCGUCACUCAAACAAGUCUCGUGCCUCGGAUCCCAACACCGGGCCGCUCCGUGGGAGGGAGCAACAUGAGCAGCAUUUGAAUCUUUGCAGCUACUCCUAGUUGCUGUUGGACUUGUUUCCCCUCACUUUGCCAGCCGUGGAUCGUCGCGGGGUCUCAUCCGUGCACUUUCACCGGGAGCCGCAGCGAUGGCCACCGCGAGGCUCGACUAUGUUGCUCCGUGGUGGACCUACUGGCUGCACAAUUUCCCACAUUUUGACUUCUCCUUCAAGUCCGUGGACAGUACGUUUAGACCCGAGCAGGAGAACUACCAGCAGUCUGUGGUGGUCCUGGCCUGCGUGGGAGUGCUGGGCCUGAGUUUGAGCCUGCUGCUCCUGUUGGUCUUCUUGCUCUGCCUCUGUUGCUGUCGAAGGGAAGCGGACGAAGAAACCAAAAGGCCCGAGAGGACUUGCUGCUUGACGUGGUCGGCCGUCGUCACGGGGCUUAUCAUAUGUUCUGCUGUAGGAGUGGGUUUCUAUGGAAACAGCGAGACAAAUGACGGCGUGUAUCAGUUAACCUACUCCAUCUACAAUGCUGAUCGCACUUUGGGCAGCAUCAACAACCUGUCUGCGGGCUCUUUGGGAACGGCGGAAACGGGAGUCAAGCAGCACCUGGAGCGCCUGGACGAGAUCUUUGCCGCGCGUCCCGACUUCCUUCGUGCCCUCAGCUUCAUGGAGCUGAUGGUGAACAACGUCAUCAGGGAGCUGACGGCUCUGCCCGACCUCAGCAAAGGCAACGUGGACCUGGCUGCCGCCGCAGACCAGGCAGCAUUUGUUGAGUAUUACAGGUGGCUGACCUAUCUGCUCCUGCUGAUUCUGGAUCUGCUCAUCUGUCUGACCGUGUGCUUGGGGAUGGCCAAGCAGUCUCGAUGGCUGCUCAUCAUGAUAAUGGCCUUUGUGGUGUUAUCUGUGAUCCUGAGCUGGGCUUCACUGGGUGCCAGCUUGGCUACAGCUGUGGGGACCAGUGACUUCUGCGUGUCUCCUGCCAAGUUCAUCGUGAACCAAACCAAAGAUUUCCUCAGCGCUGAUGUUGCCCACUAUUAUUUGUUCUGCAGUUCCAAUCUACCCAACCCCUUCCAGCAGUCUCUGACGAUCUGUCAGCGCUCGCUGACCACUAUGCAGAUCCAAAUCCAGGGUUUGCUGCAGUUCUCGGUGCCCGUCUUUCCUACCGCUGAGAGAGACCUUUUAGGCAUCCAGCGCCUGUUGAACUCCAGCGAAUUUAAUCUGCACCAGCUGACGGCCUUGCUCGAUUGUCGCGGGCUGCACAAGGACUACCUGGACGCCAUAAUGGGGGUAUGCUACGAUGGCGUGGAAGGACUCCUCUACCUGGCUUUGUUCUCUUUACUAGCGGCGUGCUCACUCUCCGCCAUGUUGUGUUCCAUUUUCCGAGUGUGGACGCUAACGGGCAUCAGAGAAAAAGAGUACGACGAUAUCGACGAGGAGGACCCGUUCAACCCCGAACCGCGACGCUUGUCUUAUAACCCGAGGAGGUCCAACAUCCACAGCUUCUGCAGCUACACCAGCAGCGCCGGCAGCCAGGCCAGCAUCCAUCCUCAACCUCAAGCUGCCACUAGCGUGCUGCCCGCGCCGGAAUACAUGAACCAGUCCAUGCUGUUCGGAGGGAGGCCGCAGUAUGAGAACGUGCCGUUAAUAGGCAGAGGAUCCCCUCCCCCUUCGUGCUUGCUCUUUUCCCAACGUGCGUGCUACGCUAAAAGCUUCAGCGCACGAGCAAUUACUCGCCCGGUAUGAGGAACACAUAUCUAACAAUGACCGAAGCCCAGAUCAGACACUUUGGCACGGACUUCCAAGUGUAGACCCCACACCAACUACACAAACCUAAAGAACUGUCUUCAUGCAUCUGUACAGUUUGCUGAGCCUGCACUCUGCUGGCUCUGUGUGGCGGCUACCUCAGUAACACACACGGUGUGUGUCCUUGUAUAUGACAAUGAUGUUUUUAUGAGGCAAGUGAGAAUCAGUGCUCUGUUUGUUAUAGCUUCUUUUCCCCCUUAUAAUUCAGUAGCCUGCAUGAGUUUGAUUGACCAAAAAUGAGUAGCUUGAAAAGUAGUUUUUGCGACAUCUCUUCACAAUACAUUCACUAGAACUACCUAGGCCACAACAAUAAGUCCACAUGCACAUCUGAACUUGGAUGACAGCGUAAUGAACUGAAUUUGUUAUUUUGUUAAAACACCUUUUUGUUCCAAAAUGAUUUCAUGGUAUUUUGCAUGUGCAAUUUUUCGCUGGACUUAAAUGAGCACAGCAGAACGGGUCGGACCAUUAAUGUUGUAUUCUACCAUUGAACUGCAAAGCACAAUCACUUGUGGAUUUUUGAUCCUAAUUAUGCAGAAUGUUUUCUCAUGACAACAUGUCCAGAAUUGUUUAAUGCCUUUUUAUUGUAACCUAGUAAAAUGU